AUUACAACGACAAAGACCACGAAAUUCAUAGAGCAUUGUACUGAAGCUCAUGUUAACUUAUCCUCAAUGCAAUUAUCAAUGGCCAUGGUUCAAGCCACUUUCUUUACACAACAACUUCUUCAUAUCUCUUUCUCUAUCUCUAUGUGCCCUUUUGCAUGCAAAGGCUCUCUUCACUCUCUUCAAACACUUUCUCCACAAUAACAAGAUGUCACUCUUACACACAUAAGUGGCAUCCAUAUUCCUAUUGUGUCCUAAAAUGGGUCUGCUCAGAGCCCCACUUGUUUGUGUGCUCUGUUGGGUUUUAUCAAUGCUGUGUUGUUCCAUUAUCAAAUGUGAUGGUUCUGAUGUUUAUUAUAUGAAGUUCUUGAAGGCCCCCCAUGCAUUCUCUCACUCUAAGUCAGCAACAUUUGCUUUUGAAGCUCUUAACUCUGGUAAUGGGGGCCCUUGCUCAAACUGCACCCUCAGUUGCAAGCUGGAUGAUGCGAUCACAUCAGUGUGUACAAAUGGAAAAGUUACAUACAGAAGCUUGAGGGAUGGAAAUCAUACUUUUGAAGUCUGCAGCAGACAUCAAGGACUUGGCUGUGCCACCUAUAACUGGACUGUUGAUACAAUUCCUCCAACGGCAUAUGUCACCGCCUCAACAUCUUUUACAAGUUCUUUAAAUGUGUCUGUAAACAUAUCUUUUACGGAACCCUGCAUAGGUGGAGGAGGCUUUGGAUGCAAGUCUGUGAAUGCCUGCAAUCUUCUUGUCUAUGGUGCUGGCCAGGUCAUACCAUCUUCCUUUAGAAUUUUAGAGACAAACCUCACAUAUUCUCUCCUUGUUAGUCUGUCCCCUACAGUACAAUAUGGCCGCGCAAUCCUUGUUAUGGACAAGAACUUCUGCACUGACCUUGCUGGCAACAGCUUUAUGAGAAUGCCAAAUUCAAGUGUUUAUAUACACAUUGAUAGAAGAAAGGUUUAUGUCAACAUCAGGAGUCGUGUACCAGAAAAGCUACUUCAACUCAACAGUGAAACUAGAACAGUACAGGCAACUAAUGACUAUGACAGGCUAAAGAUAUAUUUGUACUUCUCAGCUCCAGUGCUGAAUUCAUCUACAGAAAUUUUGAAAUCUCUCAACAUUAGUCAGGGUUCACUUCUUCCAACUAAUGCAAAAAGUCUUGCAAAUCGGAGAUUUGGAUUCAUGAUUGCUAAUAUCUCCUCUACAGCUGUAAUAUCGGUUGACUUCAAUUCAGAGUCUAUAAUGACCAGACAAGGGACUCAAGUUUCUCCAAUUGCACCAGUUACUUUCCUUUAUGAUACUAAGAGGCCUGCAGUGAUGUUGAGUACAUAUAGCAUGAGGACAAAAGAACACACUUUCCAGAUAUUGAUUAAAUUUGUGAAGCCUGUUUUUGGCUUCAACUCCUCUUGCAUAUCAAUUUCUGGGGGUUUACUAAAAAGUUUCCAUACAUUAAGAAGGAGCACAUACAUUGUUGAGUUACAAGCAGAUGAUGAUCUAGUAUUUGUAAGUGUUCCCGAGAAUGUAACACAAGAUGUUGCUGGAAACAAAAAUCUAGCUUCCAAUUUUCUACAAGUGAGACACUACUCUAUGCCCCUGGUUUCUUCUGUGGUUUCUGCAUUUGCAACUGCUUCUUUUGUGCUGACAUCAAUUGCUGCCGGUUUUCUUACCAUCUCAACUGCAAGCCUUCAAUCUAUUGGUACAUUUAUGAGAUCAUCAUCUUUCUUGGUCGUUGAUCCAGCAAGGAAUCUUCUUAGAAUUUUGAGCCAUAUUCAGGUGUUUGCACUAUCUAGAUGGUUAGCAGUUAAGUUGCCAGUUGAGUUUUAUGAAUUUGCCAGACAUUUACAAUGGACCAUACCCUAUUUUCCUGUUCCAUGGGAAGAUGAACCCAUGAACCCGUUCAUGGUAGGAUCUAGUCCUUUUUGGAGCUCUAAAUCCAUCACCAAAGCCUCAGCAACUAUCCCAAACAAGUUGUUUGACAAGAGUUUGAAUUUGGCUGCUUCAGUGUAUGGAUCACCACUUACUUCUUCAGAGUACCAGCAAUACUUCGAGGAAAAAAAUAUAAAACCGGAAGCUGAAUAUAUUUUGGAUUCACAACGAUCCUCAGGAUGGACAGAAUUUUCUAGGAGCAUGUUUUGGUUAGCUGUAAUCUGUGGUGGUUUAAUGGUUCUGCAUGCUUUUCUCCUCAUUGUCCUGAAAUUUGGGAAGAGAAAUUCUGAGAAGCAUAGAAUACACGGAGCACUCACAUUCCCAAGAUUUGAGAUAUUUCUUAUAUUUCUUGCACUACCUAAUAUUUGCAAGUCCUCUGCUGUCCUUAUUCAAGGGGGAUCUCCUUCAGGAAUCGUAGUUGGCAUUCUACUGUUGGUUUUUGUGUGCAUUGUGCUUCUAUCUUUGUUCAUGUUUCUCUCUAUUGGCAUCACAUUUGGAAAACUACUUCAGUACAAGGAAGUUCACCAAGAAGGUGAGACAUUUCACUGGUACCAAGAGCUAGUGAGAGUAACUCUAGGGCCGGGAAAAAGAGGUCAAUGGACAUGGAAAGAACAACCAAAAUCUGUGUAUCUAACCAUCUUUGGUCCACUCUUUGAAGACUUAAGAGGCCCUCCAAAGUACAUGCUUUCACAGAUAUCUGGUAGCAAUGGCAAUCCUCAAAGUCAAAGAGAACGCAUCAUUGCCUCUGAUGAUGAAACAGAAGAUGCAGAAGCACCCUUCAUCCAAAAGCUGUUUGGAAUUCUCAGGAUAUAUUAUGUGUUCCUUGAAUCCAUAAGGCGUGUCUCACUGGGAAUUUUGGCAGGACUCUUUGUUCCAUCUCAGUAUUCUAGGAAACCAGUGAUCAUCAUGCUGUCCAUGACCUCUUUUCAGCUAUUCUUCAUGUUGCUAAAGAAGCCUUUCAUAAAGAAAAGGGUUCAGUUGGUUGAGAUUAUCACUCUCACAUGUGAAGUUACUCUAUUUGUUACUUGUUUUGUUCUCUUGAAGGAGGACUUUUCUGUGAGAGGUGAGACCAGGUGUGGGGUUUUCAUGCUUGUGGUGUUCCUAGUGGGGUAUUGUGCACAGAUUACUAAUGAAUGGUAUGCUUUAUAUGUGCAAACAAAGAUGCUAGACCCUGAGGAGAAAUCACUCUUAACAGGUUUGAAAAUUGCUUUCAUUGGGUUUCUAUUGUACUUCAUCCCUCAAAAGUGCAUCAAAGAAGACUUGGAAAAGAUGUUACCACAAAAUGGUAAUGGGAAAGAAGAGGCUAGAGUCACUUCUUUGGGGGGUGAGAGAUCAAGGGAUUCAAGUAGUAGAAGCUCAGGUACACCUGAUGGAGCAUUUUUGAACAAACUAAGGGAAUUUGCAAAGGGUAGCUUUGGAAGGGAAAGAAGUGGAGCUGUGAGUGAUCCUUCUACUAGUGGCACUACUGGAUGGACUGGAUUAUGGGGUAACAAAAGGAGUGGAGGCUCAUCUUCUGAUUACAAGACAAAAUCAAGUUCAUUGUACAAAGAUUUGGAAGCCAUUUUUGCUUCCAAGUGAAACCAAGUCAUACAGAAAAAUAGUUAGAUUUGUAUGUAAUUUAAAACAGUUGGCAGCUUACUGUAAUAAAUCUAUGUGGAUUUGCCUUAUGUUCAUGUCAUGCCACCUUAUUUACUGUAAUAAAUAUUAAACAGUCCCGAACAUAAUAUUAAAGGAUGUAUUGGAUUCA